UACCGCUGCAACGGCCGCGCUGACUGCGGACACCCGUGGCUGCUAACGAGCGCGCCGGACGGAGCCCUGCCAGUUCUGCCAGACCUGCCGCCCUCCACAGCCGGCGCACAAUGGCUGACAAAUCGGCAAAAUCAAACUCCCAUGAGGGAGCUACAGCAGGAGAAAUAAGUGCUCUGGAAGAGGCCUUUAGAAAAUUUGCUGUCCAUGGUGAUACGAGAGCCACAGGAAAAGAAAUGCAUGGGAAGAACUGGUCAAAGCUAUGUAAGGACUGCCAUAUCAUAGAUGGGAAGAAUGUGACAACCACAGAUGUUGACAUUGUCUUCAGUAAAAUCAAGGGAAAGUCUGUAAGAACUAUUACUUUUGAGCAGUUUAAGGAAGCUCUUCAAGAACUCUCCAAGAAGCGAUUUAAAGGCAAAAGUGAUGAGGAAGCACUUCAAGAAAUGUAUAAACUAAUUGAAGGAAAAGGCCCAGGUUUAACUGGAGUAACGAAAACUGUUGCAUCUCCAACUGUUUCACGCCUUACAGAUACUUCGAAAUUCACAGGUUCUCACAAAGAGAGGUUUGAUGCCAGUGGAAAAGGAAAAGGCAGAGCUGGCCGAGAAGAUCUGGUGGAUAACUCAGGAUAUGUAUCUGGUUAUAAGCAUGCAGGCACAUACGAUCAUAAAGUACAAGGAAACAAGUAAGGCUGAGGGUUUACAACGCAGAGGGGGAUAGAGUAUAUAUUUGUAAGGAUGAUGUUAUGAAUCCCACAUGUUUCGGUUAUUGUGAAUGUUGAGACUAUGUUGUCAAGAAGUUGUCUUCAGGAACUGGAACUGAUUUCAACAUCUGAGCUACUUGCAGCACAAUGCCACUUCAUUACAUUCCUCAUGCAUAUAUUGGCAAAAAUAAAUAAAUAUCUAGGUAUAAAAAAGACAUCAUUUUGUUGAGCUUUAGGAAAAAAAAAAAAAACAACUAACCAACAAACAACAAAACCAAAGUCAAGAGUUAUACCACAAUUUGUCAAUUCAAGCAAAGUAUCUCAAACAUUCCUAGAUGUUCAGUUGCCCUGAUGAUGUCAAAGAGAACUUCUUGAAAAGAGGAUCUUUUCUAGCAGUCUUUCUGAAGAAUAUCCCAUUACUUAUGCAGUUCAUUUGACUACUGUUUUAGGGUGGUUUUUUUUUUGAAUGUCUUAUAUGGGAUCUAGCACUUUUCUUAAAACAUUCAACAAUAUACUAUUGGGAAGUAAGUGGUAGUAAUAUACUAGGUUCUAGCCUGUGAUUGUCAUAUAUGACUCAUGGAAAAACUGCAAAAAAAGCUAUUUCUAAGACAAUGUGGGCUCUAAAGUAUUUUAUGUCAACAGAAAGAGUUGGAAAAUACCAGCCCUUACUUUCCUCUUGUCUAUACUUUGUGCUUGUUCUUGUGUGUACUGUAGCAUGGUUCUGACUGGCUGGAUUGAGUUAUUGUACUAAUCUGAGAGGUGAGAAACAAGACAUUACUAAGAAAGUCUAGUUAAGGAUUUUCAAAGUCUGUUUUCAAGUUUGCACUGCCUCACAUUGGAAGUGAACGGGGCAUUAAGCUAAUAAUGCUUUAAAAUAUUGUUUAUGACUAAACACUGCCAAUCAGAUUGCUAUUAAAAUAACAUUAUUUUGCACAUGUGUUGGCACAUAGUCCCUUUAAGCUCUAACAUAUGAAAGGAAACUUAUAGCACCUUGGAGUAAGGACAUUUACAAUUAACAUCUAUGUAAUUAUGUGCAAUUUACCCACAAAAAACCCCAAACCAUUAUAACUGAGCUACAUUUUAUGAUAGAUUUAUUUGAAGCCAAGGGAUUUGAUUCUCUGUUCGCUAUUGCUGCCAAACUUGGGAGUAAUAGUAUUGCUGGGAAUGGCUUUCCAAUGUUACCAGGAGAACCAGUCCCAAAGGUUUAAGGUAUGGGCAACUGAGUGUGACCUAGUUGGAGUCCAGAAUCCCAAAAGAAAAUUAAUUAGAAUAAAAAUAUCUUUUUUUUUUUUU